AUGACACCGUUUGAAGUGGUAACUGGAGUAAGACAAACGGGAAUGGCAGAACUUUUCCUGUUCAACUUCGCCAUAGACGACGUCAUGCGAGGAGUAGUCGAUCAGUGUCCUGCAGACGUCGUCUUAGCACUGUCAGGUCACCCUAAACCCAUCUCGAACGCUGACCUGCAUGCCCUUCUCGGAGCUGCAGAGCGUAUCAAAUUUCACGUGAUUGCUCUGCAGGGGACCAAGUGCAGAAAGAGCGACGUACGACAGAUGAAUGACGGUACACUCAUCAUUCGUGGAGAGAAGGUUCCGUCGCGAAAUGUAGGCGGUGUUGGUUUUGUUGUGCAUCCAUCUGUCGUCCAUCUCGUCGAUCCUCACGAGAUCCUGUCACCUCGUCUGGCCAUUCUUCGCCUCCGCCCUCUGCGCCAAAAAUCCAUCAGUAUCAUCAACUGCUAUUCACCAACAUCAGCAGCUGAUGAUUCCGAAUUGGACGCAUUUUACGAGGAGCUGGAGGAAGUAGUCCGCAACGAGAAGUCCUUUUACAAAUUCGUUGCCGGAGACUUCAACGCGAAACUAGGAAAGGCCACAGAAGAGGAAUACAGGAUUGGAAGAUUUGGACUAGGGGACCGGAAUGAAAAUGGCAAUCGCCUCGCCGGGCUGUUGUCCGCCGCUCGCCUCCUUCAUGGGAACUCUCUUUUCAUGAAAAAAGAUCAUCGUCGGUGGACAUGGGAUUCGCCCAAUGGCGGGACUCGAGCGGAGAUCGGCAACAUACUCACCAACCGGAAGUGGUGUCUACUUGACGUCUCAGUAGUACCAUCCUUCUGUAGUGGUUCUGAUCACCGUCUCCUUCGUGCGAAAAUACGACUUAGCCACACGAUGGAAAAGAACAUCUGCUAUCGGCAACGAAGGAGAAAAGAAGUCGUCUACAACUAUUGCGUACUCGAGGACUCCCUCUCCCAAGGUGACUGGCACAUCGAGGAGGACCCAAACGUGGACUACGAGAUGCUGCUCAGAGGAUUACGAGCCUGUGCUGAACGUGCCUCGAAGUCGCGCACGGCAAACUUGGAUCGAAUUUCGAAGACCACCAAGGAAUUGUUAGGAAGAAGAAGGGCUUUGAGGCUUGAUCCGAAUGCAUCGCACAUUGAGCGGCAGAAGAAGAUUCUAGAAGCAGCACAAAGAAGAACGAGUCUAAAGAAGUGCCGCAGGGAUCUCCGCGAAUAUAAUAUUCCGCUAGCAACCUUGCUGAGCGAAGACGGGACUCGCACGUCUUCUCGUCGUGAGAUGGAAAUAAUUACGGAGAGGUUCUACUCGAACCUUUUCCGUUCAUCAACUCCUGUGUCAAGCCCAAUCAUCCCCACUGGCGAAGCCCUACCACGGAUUCUCCUUUCGGAAGUACGAGUUGCUAUCAAGAGCAUGAAACCUGGCACAACCCCCGGACCUGAUUUUAUAUCAGCAGACUUUCUUCGGGCUGGUGGCCAUCCGCUUCAUGUAAUCUUAGCAGCGCACAUGACAUCCUAUCUUCAGAAAGAAAGGAUCUCAGAUCAGUGGAAGACCUUGCGAACCGUUCUUAUCCAUAAGAAAGGUGACCGAGAGGACCUUCGGAACUACCGCCCGAUAUGCUUGCUGAGCGUGUUAUACAAAGUAUUCACCAAGAUCAUCCUCACACGCAUAUCUAGGACACUGGAUGAAGCCCAGCCUCAGGAACAAGCUGGAUUCCGCCAAGGGUUCAGCUGCUUGUACCACAUCCAGACCGUGUCGAGGGUCAUAGAGGUUUGCCGGGAAUACCGCCUGCCCCUUGUUCUAACCUUCGUCGACUAUGAGAAAGCCUUUGACAGCGUAGAAACGAAUGCAGUCAGCGCUGGUCGAUCAAGGGACGCUAAACGCCCCAGAGGGAGACCGCCAACGAGAUGGGGUGACGUGUUCGCUGCACGGAUGGACCAGCUGAGAGCUCAGCUGGAUACGGCCCAAGGACCUCGUCAACAGGGCCCUGACGCCCUUAUUGAGCUCUUGCUUAACGCCCAAAGCCGACGAAUGGACGAGCAGAGAGCUGCGCUUCUGCCAGGUUUUAACGACGAAGCGCAGGCUAAUCAGCUCCUUGAGAAACUGGAAUCAUCCUCUGGCGAAAACAGAGGCUCCAAGGACGAAGACAAUUUAAUCGAGUUGCUCAUGCGGGCUCAAAGCCAGAGGAUGAAUGAGCAGCGUUCUGAGCUCGCCCCAGAUCCGAAAAAUGCUACGGAACCCGAUCCGCCAAGCUCUACACCAGAGGAUGAAGUAUCAUCCCUUGUGAUGCGCAUGCAAGCUGGGAGGUUUGAAGACCAAAGAGCGCAUCUACAAAGCCAGAAUGAAAAUGAUUAA